AUGCCGCGUCUCCACGGUGUGGCAGCACUGGCCCGGGAACCGCGCGCUGCAGCCGCUGCCUGUGUGCUGGGCGCGCCCCGGUGUCUGCGCGCGUGCGUGCACGUGCGCGGGAGAGCGCGCUGUUUCUCAGCACAUGUGCAACGUGUGCGGGUGUCGGGUCCACACUUCGCGCUGCUGCGGGCUGGGACCCGGCCUCCCGGUACUGGGACAUUGUCCCUGCCGGGCGGGAGUAAGGGGAGCUCAGCUGGCCUUAGUCAAUUGCUUCGUACAAAUCUGCAGGGGCUCGCGGAUGCUCUGACAAGGGGUGGGAUGUGCGAAAUCGCCAUUUCCAGCGCAGGCACAGCUCCAGCGCUCUAUGGACAUUUUGAAGCUGAUCGGUCUUCAUUGCGGGAAGCAUCCUGUGCGCUGAGCGAUGAACGGCACCCUCCCCGGCCGCCACACACUGAUGAGGGUCCUGAUGCCGCCACCCCUCCAGUCGUGACAAACAAAAAUGUCUCCAGACAGAGCCACAUGCUCCCCGCAGCCCGGGGCUGGGAGGGGCGGUGGGGUGCAAAAUCACCCCAGGUGAGAACCACUGCCUUAGAGGAUGACGCUUGGAGUGGUGUCCCGGGACAGAUCCCAUCAGACAGCCAGGAGGCCCACCUGGGCGAGGUUGCUGGCGGGGAUGAGAAAGGGGAGGGCUCAGGCCUGGCCAAAGAGGGUCCCUCCAGUGGGCAGAGAUGA